UACGCAAGCUACAGAUUUUUCGUCGCAACAUCACAAAACAGCAAACAACAGCAACCGUUCCAUCUCGUGCCCCGGCCUUGCCAGUGCCGCAACACACCCAGCUAUGGGAUCCUGUUUUUCGGGGGACAACAGCGCCCCGUCGCCGGAACUACCUUUCCAGCCGAGUGGGGACAACCAGCAUGGUUCGAGGGAGACGCAACCUCCUGUGAACGCAGCCGAUGUCCAGCUUAACCUCGAGUUUGAUGGGAAAGACUUCUAUGACACGUACCAUUUAGGGAACGUUAUCGGGGAGGGCGCGUUCUCUAAGGUUUACUCGGCGACGGUGAAGAAGCCGGGCCCGAACCAAGGGUUGCAGGUGGCGGUGAAGUGCAUAGAGAGGAACAACCUUCCCAAGGAAGACGAGGAAGACCUCCUGGAGGAGGUGCGCAUUUUGCGGUCGCUCAAGCACCCCAACGUGAUCGACAUCUACCAGUUCUUCAAGGACGACCCAGACAACUACUAUGUUUCCAUCGAGUACAUGAGAGGCGGAGAGCUGUUCGACCGCAUCGUCAAAAAGGCGUUCUACAACGAGAAGGAGGCCCGCGACCUCUGCCGCAUCCUGCUGGACGCCGUGCGGUACUGCCACGACCUCGGCAUCGUCCACCGUGACCUCAAGCCCGAGAACCUGCUGCUCACCUCCCAGCACGACGAUGCCAACGUCAAGCUCGCCGACUUCGGCUUCGCCCGCAGCAUCAUGGGCGGCUUCGUGUCGACGCAGUGCGGGACCCCCGGCUACGUGGCUCCCGAGAUCCUCCGGGCGGAGUCAUACGGCACUUCCGUGGACAUGUGGAGCAUCGGCGUAAUCGUCUACAUCCUCCUGGGCGGCUACCCUCCCUUCCACGACGAGAACCAGACGAGGCUCUUCCGGAAAAUCAAGGCCGGCAAUUUCAAGUUCCACCCGGAGUACUGGCAAUCCACCUCUAGCGAAGCCAAGGACCUCAUCCGCAGGCUGCUCACGGUGGACCCAAAAAAGAGACUCACCGCCGCCCAGGCGGUCACCCACCCGUGGCUGCUCAGCAAGGACGACGACCUCCUCAAGCACAACCUCGGGGUUAACCUGGAGCAGCUCAGGCUCUUCAACGCCCGCCGCAAGCUGCGCGCGGCGAUCAAGUCGGUAUUGGCGACGCAGAUGAUGGCGGGCAAGUUCAACAUCGAGGCGCUGUAAACGUGGACUUGUUGUCUUGGUGCUUGAACUGGCCGGACCCUACACGUGGGGCGUAGAUGGAUAGAUGGAGAGCGAUACGGUUUGGAGCAUCAAUCCUGAUCGGUGACGGGAGGUGGAUAGACGCCUUGGCUGGCGGGGCGCGUGGGUCGGGGGGAUACUUCUCUUCCACAAACAAAUACACCCCUCGAGUCUCUUCCAUCCCGUCUCCCCCCCCCCCCCC